GGGGACCAUUCAAUUUCAGGCACCAGGGCGAGGGAAAUUCAAAUCGAGUCACUUGGCAGCCGCUAGCAGCUGACACUGAGGAGGAAGAAAAAGGGACGGGGAGAUGGCGGCGGAGGAAGACGCGGUGAAAGUGUGUGUGAGGGUUCGCCCCAUUAUACAGAGGGAACGGGGGGAUCAAGUGAACGUGUUUUGGAAAGCAGAAAACUCUACUAUAUCGCAGAUUGAUGGCACAAGAUCUUUUCAUUUUGAUCGUGUCUUUGAUUUAUUUGAAACAACAGCUCAAGUUUAUCAAGAAGUAGCGAUUCCAAUUAUUCGCUCAGCUCUACAUGGAUACAAUGGCACAAUAUUUGCUUAUGGGCAGACCUCUUCAGGCAAAACAUACACAAUGAUGGGGUCUCCUGAUUGUCUGGGAAUUAUACCUCAAGCAGUUAAGGAGAUCUUUAGAAUCAUUACAGAGAUACCGAGCAGGGAGUUCUUACUGCGUGUGUCGUAUAUGGAAAUCUAUAAUGAAACGGUCACCGAUCUUCUGUGUGAUAGUAGAAAAAAGAAGCCUUUGGAAAUCCGUGAAGAUUUUAAUCGAAAUGUGUAUGUUGCUGACCUGAAUGAGGAGCUUGUCACGUGUCCUGAACAUGUCCUGCAAUGGAUCAAAAAGGGUGAAAAAAACAGACAUUAUGGGGAGACAAAAAUGAAUGAGCACAGUAGCCGAUCUCAUACAAUUUUUAGAAUGAUUGUUGAAAGCCGAAAGAGCAACGACCCUGGAAAUUUAGAGAGCAGUGAUGGAGCAGUUAUGGUUUCUCACCUGAAUCUUGUUGAUUUGGCUGGCAGUGAGAGAACAAGUCAAACUGGGGCAGAAGGUGUACGGUUAAAAGAAGGGUGCAAUAUUAACCGUAGUUUGUUUAUACUUGGGCAAGUCAUUAAGAAACUUAGUGAUGAUCAGCCUGGAGCAUUUAUCAACUACAGAGACAGCAAGCUGACAAGGAUUCUUCAGAAUUCUCUAGGUGGAAAUACAAAGACAGUAAUAAUCUGUACUAUUACAUCUGUGUCCUUGGAUGAAACAUUGAGCACACUCCAGUUUGCAAGUGCUGCGAAAAAUGUUAAAAAUAAGCCUCAUGUCAAUGAGGUGCUGGAUGAUGAAGCAUUGCUGAAGAGAUACAGGAAGGAAAUAACGGAUUUAAAAAAGCAACUGGAUACCUUAGAGGCAUCUUCUGUGUCAAAAGCACAUGCGAUGGCCAACGAAGAACAUGCCCAACUACUGGCAGUAAUACAACAACUUCAAAAAGAAAGAGAAGAGAGGAUAUCCAAUUUGAAAAAUGUUGUUGUUGAUUCUGCUAGGUCCCAGGAAGAUCAACAGCUUAAGCGUAAAAGGAGAGUUACAUGGGGUGCUGAAAAAAUACAAAGUACCCUCUACGGUACUGGUACUUUCCCAUUUGAUGCUGGAUCCAAAAUAAGUGCUAGCUUCCCAAAACGACCUAAAUUGUCUGAUUUGCAAACCAUACCUGAGAAUGAUGAUUCUGUUUGCACAGAAUUUUCAGAAACUGAUGAGACAGCACGUGGAUUUGAAGACUUCUUCCCAGACUGGGAUGUUGGAAAUAAAAUCACUUUAAGAGGGAAGACUGCUUUUCAUCAUUCAAUGAUUGAUCUUGAUUCUGAUGCAGAGUUUCAAAACGGUCAUCUGUUAAAGGAUUGCUCCUCACCAAGCCAUAAAGAACUGGAGCAGAAACUUGCAGAGUUGGAAAAUCGGCUACAAUCAGAAGUUAUAAGAAAAGAAUCAUUUGAAAAAGAGACUUUAGAAUUAAAGAAACAACUUGAAGCUAAAGAGGAGGAGAAAGAUGAACUUGUGAAAAAACAUCAGCUUGAAAUUACUCUGAAAGAUCAGCUGCAAAAUAUGCCUGAAGUGAGGGUUGGUUUGGGAUCGCACAAUGAGCUGGAAGAUUUGGAUUCGAAUAAUCUUACACCAAGUCGGGUUGAAAUGAAUAAUUCACAAAGCACACAAACAGACCAGGUGCAGGAGAAAUGUGUAGAGGAGGAAAACCUUUCUAGUCACAUCCAUGAUAUUUGUCAAGAGCAAAUCCAGAUGCUUGAGCAGAAGAUAGCAGACCUGGAAACAAGUAAUCCGCAAACGGACUUUGUGGAAAGUCUCCAAAUUUGUGAAGCUCUAAUGAUGGAGAAAGAAACUGCUCUAAGUGAACUGGCUAUUUUGCGGGAGAACUUUGAUGGUGUUGUAGUGGAGAACGAGAGCAUGAAACAAGAAAUUGCCGCAAUGGAAAAAUAUCUUCAAGAGAAAAAUGAAACUAGCGAGUUUGAGCUGUUGGAGAAAGAAACGCAAAAAGAGCAUGAGGCACAACUUAUUCAUGAAAUUGGCAGUUUAAAGAAGGUAGUAAAGAAUGCAGAGUUGUACAACCAAGAACUAGAGGGUGAACUAUCAAAUAAAUCAAAAGUUUUGAAAGAACAAGAAAAUCUAAUAGCUGAAUUAAAGAAAGAUGCUGAAGUGCUCUUGAAUAAAUCCAGAUAUUCUGAUCUCUCCAUAUCUAUGGGGGGUGACAGUGAAAAGAUUUUCGAAGAAGUACUUCAACUGAAACAGUCUUUAGGUGAUGCUGAAACUGUAACCCGGGAUGCUCAAAGGGAAGCUGCCUUCUUGAGAAGUGAGAACAUAGAGUUGAAGGAGAAAAUGGAUGAACUCACACUUCAUUGCCAACAAAGAGAGAAAGAUGCCUCUUCUUCUGAAAAGCAGUUAGAAUCGGAGAAGUCCAACUACAAACAAAUGCAAUCUGAUUUGCAGAAAGAACUGCAAUGUGCAUUCAAUGAGAUUAACCAGCUCAAUGGCCUUCUUGCAGGAAGAGUGCCUAAAGAUCUGCUUUCUCGGGUGGAACUGGAUAAGAAGAUUACUGAUUGCUCAAAGCAGCUUACCAAUGCUCUUGAAGAGAAAAAUGUUCUAGAAAAGGAAAUGUCUUAUUUGUCAGAAUUGAAAUUUUUGCCAAGUGAAAAUGAACAACUUAAGAACCAGGUAAAGAAAACUUCAGAUGAACUCCAACGCCUAAAAAAUGAAAAAGAACAAUCGGAAUCUAUAAUAUGCGAUCAGAAUAGCAAGAUGCAAGAGCAAAAGGAACAGAUUGAUAGACUAAUAGAGGAGGUGAGAAACACGCAAGCAAAGUUUCAGCAAGCUGAGCAGCAAUACUCUGAGCUUACUAUACUGUAUGAGGACCUACAGACAAGAUGCUUGCUCACAGAUGAAGAAAUUAGGAAAAAGGACCUUGAGGCUGAAGGUCAAGUGAAAGAAAUUAAUGACCUGAAACAUUCUUUGGAAAUAAUAGAAGGAAAGCUGUCAAGCGCACAACAAGAAAGAGAAGAGUUGGUUCAAGCCCAGCAGGACCAUUCUUCUCACACUAGCAGCAUAGAAGAAACACUUAAGUCCAUGGUGUUUGAAAGAGACAACCUCCAGGAAGAGUUGAGCAAUCUAUCAUCUUUGGUUGAAACUCUUCAGCAACAAGCACAGAAGCAAUCUGAGCUGUUUACAGAAAAACAGGAUUUAGAACAAAAGCACCUUCAGUUAAUGUCUGAAAAGGAACAACUUCAAGAGCAGUUGAAUAACUCGCAGCCCUUGCCAAGUAUCAUGGAAACUGAGAGCUCAGAAGGUCAACUUAAACUUCGAGAGCUGCUGGAGAAGAUAACACUGCUUGAUCGACAAAGAGAUGACCUUCAGUCUAAGGUUGAAGAGCUUGCAUCUGAGAAGAAUAUUCUAAAACAAGAUCUGAAUGACAACAUUGAAAUGUCAAUUGAAACGCAGGAUGAGCUGAGGACGACUCAGGAGGAGCUUAAAUGCCAGAAACAACUUGUGUCAGAUCUGAAAAAACAGAUUUCAGAUUAUGCUGAACGUAUUUCUGUACAAGCAGUAAGCUACGAGGACACCACAGAGGCUAGUGAAGCAAAUUCUGACGCAAUUGGCGUUAAGAAAAUGGAACUGGGUGAAUACAAUCUGAGUUUAAUUUCUGAAAUGGAAGUUCUCAAGGAAAGCCUCAAAUCUGCUGAGCUGGCUCUAGCCACUAGGGAAGAGGAGAAGCGUGAACUUAUGCAGAAACUUGAUGCUCUUGAAGAGGACCUCCAAUCUGUCACAGAACAGAGAGAUGAGUUGGAGAACACCAAGAACAACCUUCUGGUAGAAAAGGAUGGCCUUAAAGCCAAAGUGGAGAGAGCUGCCAAACAAGUUUGUGAGCUAAAUGAAGAGUUAAAAUUCUCGCCCGAGAAGCGAUCACAUGAAGAUGUAAUGGGACAAGAUAAAGAAAAGCUGCUAGAAAAACUGAAAGCUGUAACGGAUGAAAGAGACCAGCUCAAACUUGAUUUAAAUGACAACAUUGAAAUGUCCAUAGAAACACAAGAAGAAUUGCGAAAUGCUCUGAGUGAGCUAAAAGAAAAGUCCAGGCUAUUUGAUGCACUGAAGUCACAAGUGGAUGGCUCUAAAGGCCAAACAAGUAAUCUGGAGAAGAACCUGGAAGUUAAAAUUUUGGACCUGGAGGAAAAACUCCAUGCUGCUGUGACUGAGCGAGACCAGCUAAGUGAAGAGUUAAGAUUUCUGACGGAGCAAAAGAGAAACCUUGAAGAAGCGCUCUCUGCCACCAAACAUGGACUCCUAGAUAAAGAGACACAAGACAAAGAAGUACAGGUGCUGACAGAAGUGUUAGUAGAUGAAGAAGAGAUGAAUGUUUCAACCAGGCUAGAAGUAGAAGCUGAACAAAAUAUUUUAAAAGAGCAAAUCGAUCACCUACAGCAGCAAAUCCACAUUAUUUCUCAAGAGAGAGACCAAUAUCUGCAGUUAAUAGAUACCCUUAAAGCAGAGAACCUUCAGCUGAUAUCGGUUAUGCAAAGAGAAACAGAAGAUAGGGCAGCACAAAGCAAAGAAACAGAAGAUCUAGCAAGCUUAAUUGAGACGCUGAAGGGACAACUGGAAACUACAAGCCAACAAUUGACAUUAAAGGAGCAGGAAGCAAAGGAGGCUGCUGAGAAAUUAAUGCAAUUAAAUGAUACAGAUAAAAAUAUUUCUGGAUUAGAAAUGCUGGAGCAAAAUCUACAGCAAAGUAGCAUCUCAAUGGAAAAAUUACAAGAAGAAAAACUGGAACUUUCAGAUAAACUUUGUGCGCUCCAGGAAGAGCUAGAGAAGGUGACUUGUUACAGAGAGAACCUGCAAAGCAAGCUGGAAAUUGUUGUGGAUGAAAACGCCAGUCUCAAAGAAAUUAUAGAAACUGCAUCAAGCUCGAUUUUGGACCUGGAGGAAAAACUCCAUGCUGCUGUGACUGAGAGAGACCAGCUAAGUGAAGAGUUAAGAUUUCUGACGGAGCAAAAGAGAAACCUUGAAGAAGCGCUCUCUGCCACCAAACAUGGACUCCUAGAUAAAGAGACACAAGACAAAGAAGUACAGGUGCUGACAGAAGUGUUAGUAGAUGAAGAAGAGAUGAAUGUUUCAACCAGGCUAGAAGUAGAAGCUGAACAAAAUAUUUUAAAAGAGCAAAUCGAUCACCUACAGCAGCAAAUCCACAUUAUUUCUAAAGAGAGAGACCAAUAUCUGCAGUUAAUAGAUACCCUUAAAUCAGAGAACCUUCAGCUGAUAUCGGUUAUGCAAAGAGAAACAGAAGAUAGGGCAGCACAAAGCAAAGAAACAGAAGAUCUAGCAAGCUUAAUUGAGACGCUGAAGGGACAACUGGAAACUACAAGCCAACAAUUGACAUUAAGGGAGCAGGAAGCAAAGGAGGCUGCUGAGAAAUUAAUGCAAUUAAAUGAUACAGAUAAAAAUAUUUCUGGAUUAGAAAUGUUGGAGAGAAAUCUACAGCAAAGUAGCAUCUCAAUGGAAAAAUUACAAGAAGAAAAACUGGAACUUUCAGAUAAACUUUGUGCGCUCCAGGAAGAGCUAGAGAAGGUGACUUGUUACAGAGAGAACCUGCAAAGCAAGCUGGAAAUUGUGGAUGAAAACGCCAGUCUCAAAGAAGUCACUGAAACUGCAUCAAGCUCGUUUUUUUUUUUAAUUCUCCCCAAAUACUUACCAGAGCUCAAUUUCAGUGCAGUACUGUGUCCAAUAGCAGCAGAUCGGUCUCUCUGCUCUCUGGACAUGGAGGCAGCAGCAGAGCAAACGAGGAACCUUGAAGCGCUCUCUGCCAUCAAAUAUGGACUCCUAGAUAAAGAGACACAAGACAAAGAAGUACAGGUUCUGACAGAAGUGUUAGUAGAUGAAGAAGAGAUGAAUGUUUCAACCAGGCUAGAAGUAGAAGCUGAACAAAAUAUUUUAAAAGAGCGAAUUGAUCACCUACAGCAGCAAAUCCACAUUCUUUGUCAAGAGAGAGACCAAUAUCUGCAGUUAAUAGAUACCCUUAAAGCAGAGAACCUUCAGCUGGUAUCGGUUAUGCAAAGAGAAACAGAAGAUAGGGCAGCACAAAGCAAAGAAACAGAAGAUCUAGCAAGCUUAAUUGAUACGCUGAAGGGACAACUGGAAACUACAAGCCAACAAUUGACAUUAAGGGAGCAGGAAGCAAAGGAGGCUGCUGAGAAACUAAGGGAAUUAAAUGUUACAGAUAAAAAUAUUUCUGAAUUGGAAAUGCUGGAGCAAAAUCUACAGCAAAGUAGCAUCUCAAUGGAAAAAUUACUAGAAGAAAAACUGGAACUUUCAGAUAAACUUUGUGCGCUCCAGGAAGAGCUAGAGAAGGUGACUUGUUACAGAGAGAACCUGCAAAGCAAGCUGGAAAUUGUUCUGGAUGAAAACGCCAGUCUCAAAGAAAUUAUAGAAACUGCAUCAAGCUCGUCUUCUACAACUUAUGAAGUGAGAUGCCAAGAGCUGCAGGAUCAGGGAAAUGUGGAAAAUGGUCUAAGAAUGCAGAUCCCUGGCAGUGUCUCUGUACAGGACAAAGAUACCAUCACUGACUUGAUGCCAUUCCUGGAAGGACAGGCUGACCUGGAAGAACAGCUGCUGCAAAAGACAUCUGAAUAUGAACAACUUCUUCAGCUGAAAGACAAACUUGAGGAAGACCAGAACAGCUUGAGCUGCAAGGUAGAAGGCCUAACAAAUAGGAUGACGGAAGCGCAGACAAAUCUCGAGUCUCUACAGAAUGAAAAACACCAAAGCGAAGAACAACUUCUUCAUCUUCAACAAAAACUGGAUGAUGCUGUUCAGGACAGAGACGAUCUAAAGAUCGCACAUGAAAGAUUAAUUGAUGAAAUGGACCAACUGAAAAAGAAUAUAAAGGAAAAAAGUGAAAUGGAUCUUUGUCUGCAAGAACGGCUGCUUCAAAGGACCUCUGAAUAUGAACAACUUCUGAAGAUAAAAAACAAACUUGAGGAAGAAAACGGUAGCCUAAAUUGUGAUGUGGAAAGCCUAACGAAUAAAAUGACAGAAGCAAAGAAAAAUUUUGAGUCUAUGCAAAAUGAAAAACAUCAAACCGAAGCGCAACUUGUUGAUCUAAAACAAAAACUGAAUGUUUCUGUUCAAGACGGGGAUGAUCUAAAGAUUGCACAAGAGGGAUUAAUUGCUGAAAUUGAGCUUCUUAAAAGAAAUCUCAAGGAAAAUGAUGACAUGGUAUUGCAUUUAAAACAAGAAAUUCAGCAAAGAACAGAAUGCCAACAUGAGGAGCUUGAGCAAAGCCAACACACAUUAAAAAAUGCGUUUGAGCAAACCAUGAAUGAUUUGAAAAGCACAGAGACACAAAUGGAAGCUCUUAGAAGUGAGAAACUUGACACUGAGAAAAAGCUUAUUUGUCUUCAACAUACAAUGGAAAUAAUUGCCCAAGAAAGGGAUGAUCUAAAGGCUUCUCAAGAAAAUCUUAUAUUAGAGAGGGACCAACUCAAAGAAGCUCUGGAGAAGAAUACUGAAAUGCUGAAAACUGCAGAGAAUCAAGGAGAGCAAACUGAAGUGGCUGCACAAACUGAGACUCUGAAUAACAUGGAGUUGGACCAGCUUUUGAAGGACUUGAAAGACAUGGAGUCUCAGCUUGCAAGUGUGCAAAGGGAAAAAGUUAACGCUGAAGAGAAUUUUUUCACUCUUCAGAAACACAUGGAGGAGAUUGGAAAGGAGAGAGAUGAGCUGCAGGCCACUCUCCAGAGUCUGCAGUUCAUUCUGCAGAGUCUGCAGUCUGAAAAAGACCAACUAAAAGAAGAUCUGAGAGAGAACAUAGAAAUGCUGAAAACUGUAGAGAAUCAACAAGAGAAAACUGAAGUGGCUGCACAAACUGAGACUCUGAAUAACAUUGAGUUGGACCAGCUUUUGAAGGACUUGAACGACAUGGAGUCUCAGCUUGCAAGUGUGCAAAGGGAAAACGUUAACGCUGAAGAGAAGUUUUCCACUCUUCAGAAACACAUGGAGGAGAUUGGAAAGGAGCGAGAUGAGCUGCAGGGCGCUCUGCAGAGUCUGCAGUCUGAAAAAGACCAACUAAAAGAAGAUCUGAGAGAAAACAUAUUAAUGUCUAUUGAAACUCAAGAAGACCUAAGAAAUACUCAAGAGGAACUUCAGCAACAGAGAGACAGGGUCAGUGAAUUGACGGGAGCCAUUUCCUCUUUAGAACAAAAGUCCUCUUCAAUAGAGAUGGAACUGAAUGAGACAGCAACUGUUUUGAAAGAAGUUACUAGUGAGAGAGAUGAUCUUGAUCAGUGUAAGCAGAAGCUGACUUCAAAAGUGGAACAGCUUUUACAACAAAUAAAAGACAAAGAAGUGGCUUUAUGUCGAGCAGAAAGGGAGAAGUCUGAGGUCUCCCAAAAAAUAUUUGAUCUCUCCUCUGUGCUAAGUAGCAUGGCAGAGGAAAAGGACCUAUUAAACUGCUCCAAAGAAGAUGUAGAAAAACAGUCUGUUGAAAUGCAGAAUGAUCUUAGAAGAACUCAAGAAGAGCUUCAACAGCAAAAUCAGAAGGUAGAGACUUUGACAAGUGAGAUUUCCCUGCUGGAAGAAAAGUGUUCUUCACUACAGAAACAAUUGCAAGAACAGGUUACUCUUUUGAAAAGAGCUGUUGAGGAAAAGGAAGUGCUUGGCCAGGCAAAGCAAAAACUAUCAUCCAAUAUAGAACAGCUUUUGGAGUCUUUGAAGAGUAAGGACACCAUGCUGGAAUUGACAGAGGGCGAAAAAAGGAUAGCUGCCCAGAAAGUAAUUGAACUCACAGAGGAAGUGAGACAUCUGUCGUGCAGGAUAGAGGAGCUUCAGCUAUUUAAGGAAAAUUUAGAAAAGGAGGCUACUAAACUAAGGGAGGACUUCAAGCAACUGCAACUUCAGCAUGCUGAGUUCAAUGAACAAGAAACCCAAAAGUCUGCCAGAUUAGAGGAACUGACAAUGGAGGUUGAACAGCUGAAAGAGAAGGUUACCUUUAAAGAGGCAGCAGCUCAGCAGUUAGAGGCUGAUAAGGCUGAUCUUCGUAGACAAGUUCAGCAGUAUGAGCUGGAAGUGGCAUCUCUCCACCAGGAACAGGAGCAGUUCCAGCAAUUGCUGCAGAGGGUCCGAGGUGAAAAGGAAAAUAUUUAUACAAAUCUACAAGAUCAGGAGAAAGAUAAGGAACAGUUAAAGGAAUCGCUGACAACCUGUCAGACAGAACUUGAGUCUGUCAAAAAGCAGAGAGAUGAAAGUAAAGACCAUGUUGCUGAAAAAGUAAAUGAAAUAAAUGCAAUGUUACAACAGUUGUCCUCUCUGCAGCAGCAACUUGAACAACUGCACCAGGAGCUAAAGGGUGAAAGGCUGAAAAAUAAUGACCUUAAUGAAAAGGUUGAUGACCUAGAGAAAGAAAUUCGAGUAUUUCAUUUAUUGCAGAAUGAGCCUGUAAUUGGAAGAAGUGAACUUGCACAACGCACUGAAAGUCUACAAAUAAAAAAUCAAGAGUUUAAGGACCUUAUGGUGACCGUUUCCAGUGUGUAUGCUAAUCCUCCAUUACUAAGCAACCUUUCAGUGGAGCUCCAAGAUGAAGUUGAAGCACAGAAGCAAUCACUGGCUAUACAGGAGGCGAUGUCUUCAACACAUUUCAAAUCAUUAGAAUCCCUACAAACUGAAUACUUCAAACUGAAUUCUCAGAUGCAGACUCUGCUCAACAAGUUUAAGGUCAUCUAUAGAAAUGCUACUGUCAAGGAGGAACACUACAGUUUGGUGAAUGGCUAUGAUAAUGAAUUGUGUGUAGUACAGAAGAAAAAUGAUGAGCUGCUGUUGCAGUGCCAGAGCCUAGAACAGAAUGGCACAAAGUGGUCUGAGAGCGCAGCAGAAGAGCUCAAAUUCUGUGAACUUGAAUUCUUAAACCACCUCCUCUUCAAGAAAAUGGAUGUCAUAAAGCGUGUGGAAGAUGGCUUUUCAGAGGUGCAGAUCUCUCUGAAUAGUGUGGAAGGGGACCUUACAGAAGAGGUGAAAUCUAAGAAGAAGUUCUUAUCUGGUUGGAAGAGUGCAAAGGUUUUACACUUUGAUGCCAAAGCAUUCAGUGAGGGUAUCAUUCAAGAAAAUAGGAGAAUUUCUGUUCUUGUCCAGCUUUUAUCUAAGAAAUUAAAGGCCGUUGUCCGUCACGAAAUAAAGCAGGACACAGUGGCAUACCUAAGACAGCUUGAUGAAGUUUUACAAGAGAAAAAAGAGAAGAACAAGGAGCUAUUGCAAAAAAUGCAGCUUUUUGCUCCGUCUGGAGAUUCCAACAUUCUAGAGGAGGAAAAUACACGAUUGUACAUGACAGUAAAGACAGAGAAAAGUAAAAUGCAGUGCAGGAUUCAGCAGCUUGAAAAUGAGGUCACUUCAGCCAAAGCAGAUGCCAAACAAAAGGGUGAGAAAGCAUCCUGUUUACAAGAGAGGCUUUUGUCAAGUGUCACAGAAACUGCACUUUCUGAAAUGCAAGCUAAAGUUUCUGAAAAAGAGAAACAUCUCGAGACUGCCCUAAAAGAAAUAAAGGCUCUCCAAGAAAAGGUGGCCCAAGGUGCAGCACCAUACCGAGAUGAAAUGGACAGACUUAAAGAUCAAGUGGUAAAGUUUGAAAUGGACAGAAUAAAGUUGUCAAAGUCUACAGACCAGCAAAUAGCUUCAUUAAAGUCUUCUCUGGAAUACAAGGAAGAAUGCUUGAGGAAGUUGAAAGAACAACUUAGACGAUCACAAAAAGAUGUUGAUACUACCAUUUGUUCUGACAAGAAUGGCUCCACACCCUAUCCUUUGACCUGCGGAGGUGGUAGUGGCAUCGUGCAGAGUACAACAAUGCUUGUGCUUCAAUCAGAAAAUGCUUCUUUGAAAAGGGAAAUUACCCACUACAGGAAAAAGUGGCAUCAGCUAUCAAGGAACACAUCAACUAUUCGAGAGGAUGAAUCUAAACUAAAAGACAGAAGUGCGCAAACGCCUUCACAUUUGUUUAGUCCUUUAGCAGGAGCAUCACAAAGCAGCAGUGAGGUGUACAAACAAGCCACUGUCUCUCCACCCAAAUCUGACAUUCCACUCAGCCAUAUACAUUCACCUGGAAACACUGGAAUGCACAGAAAACGUGCAGUGUCCCCAAGCAAGACACACAAGCCCAAAUCUCAAGUCAUGUCCCCAAGCAGGACACACGUAGCCAAACCACAAGUUAUGUCCCCAAACAAGACACUCUUACUCAAAUCUCAGGUGAUGUCUCCAAACAAAACAUUAAGGCACAGUGUUCCUGUCUCAUCCCCUGGAAAAACGGGGCCGAAUAGAAAGCGAGCGGUGUCACCAUUCAGAACUGAAGGCAAGUUGUUCAGUAGCUUGACUGAAUCGCCACGCAAAAAGCUCAGCUUGCCAGAACCUGCAGACUUUCCUAAAGAUAACUUAUUUGAAUGGUCCAAAUCUUUGCAAUAUUAUCCAUCCAAGUUUUUUGACAACUCCACACUUGGCACUUUACCAGAUCGAAGUCCACCUCCAUCACACAUUAACCCUUCAGAUACUAACCCUUCUUCAGACCCUUGUGUAGAUGCAGAUGCAGUUUCGGAUCCAAACAGCGCAAUUGCUACUGAAACAAAUGACGAUAACAACUGGUGGGAUCGAGCAGACAAAAACAAGAAUGCCAAUGAAUGCAAAACGUCCUAAGUGACUUUGCACAACAAAUAGCACAGUGAUCACUACUACAGUGUUGUCUACACAAAAAUUAGAUGUGCCUCUAGAAAUUCUAGGAAGUGUUCAUAGGAAUAACUACUGGAAUCCAUAAUACUCACAAUUGGUUUUGUUAAUAAACACACCCGUCAUGGUUGGGGAUUGAUUAGAAAA